AUGUCUAGAUAUCAUAAGGCAGCCAUUGAUGGCUAUUUGGAUUUGUUGAAGGAGGCCACUAGGAAAGACCUGAACACUCCAGAUGAGGAUGGAAUGACCCCGACUCUCUGGGCCGCUUAUCACGGCCGACUGGAGGCUCUGCAACUCAUCUGCAGCAGAGGUGGAGAUCCCAACAAAAGCGACAUCUGGGGGAACACACCCUUACAUCACGCAGCCUCCAAUGGUCAUAUGCACAUACUGAGCUUCCUGGUCACCUUUGGCGCCAAUGUCUUCGCUUUGGAUAAUGAGUUUCACACUCCUAUGGAUGUUGCUGCAUCUCGGGAUCAGAUGAACUGCGUCCGCUUCCUAGACAGUGCUGCUAACCAGCAGACAAUGCAGCACCCCAAGAAUGUGGCACAUUUGAAGAAACAAGCGGUCAAAGAUGCAGAACGCAAUGUGAAGGAGUGUGAGAAAGUCAAAAAGAAGCACCAGAAUAAGAUGGACAAGAGGUACCGUGGCAGUGGUGGUUCUGUCUCUGGAGCCAGUGCAGGUUCUUUCUCUAGCACGGGAACCAUGAACAGCUUAAACAAGCUCACUGCCAACAAAUUCGGGUCCAUUACAGGAACUCUCCAGCGCAAGUUUGGAAAGAAGGACACCAUGUCGAAAACAGAGAAUGGAACAGCAGAAAAGCCAUAUGUAGAGGAUGUCUUCAAUGAGCAGGAUGAAAAUGAAGAGGAUGGAGAUGCAGUUGAAGAGUUUCAAGAUGAGGAAGAAGACAAUGAAGAGCAGAUCAAAGAAUCCCUGUUUAAGAGGCCAGGUCUUGGAAACAUGGUCUUCCGAAAGAACUUCUCCAUGGAAAUGGGAAUUGAACCAGAUGAAUUUCCUAUUGGUGACACAGAGAACCUGGGUUUCCUGGCCCUCAAGGAGGUGUUUGAAGCAGAGGAGGCAGGACUGGAUGACCAGUCACAGGAGGAUUCACAAUUGCCUUGGAACCAAGAGGAGAUUGGAUUGGAUGAAGAUGAGGAAACAUCACCCCUGCAUUCCUUCCUGACCUCUGUAAACCUACUAGACUUUGCCCCUGUGUUUAUCCGUGAGAAGUUAGACCUGGAAGCCCUCAUGCUCUGCUCAGACGACGAUCUAAAAAGCAUCCGAAUCCAGCUAGGGCCUCGCAAGAAGAUUCUGGAAGCAGCAGCUAGAAGGAAGGCUGCUCUCGAGCAACCUGGUGUAAUGAAAGACACCUUUCUGUAA